AUGGCGCCCCACUGCCAAACCAUGGGCUCACGGCAUCGCAAACUGCGGGUCCGCAUGGACCCAUCGUCCUCCAAGACUUUGCCUUGCUCGACCACCUUGCCCACUUUGAUCGCGAACGAAUUCCCGAGCGCGUGGUGCACGCCAAGGGGGCUGGUGCGUUCGGGUACUUUGAAACGACGCACGACAUUUCGUCGGUGA